CCAUCAUGAGGUUCAUCUUCUGGCUGAGGUACAUGGUCAAGACAGCUGCAUUUCAUUUGUACAGGGGUCUCUUCUCUCCUGGCUGUUUAGCCUUGAGCUCUCAGCCAGGGACUGACCAACCUGACCCCCAGCCGGCGCCUCCUGUGAGCCUCGCAGUGCCAUUGCUCAAGGCACCUCUACAGAGUCUAUCCAGCCAGGGGUUCCAGCCUCAAAUGGAUAUCCAGAAUCUUCAGGUGCCAACUCCUGGCAUCUCCGAAUUGGAUAUCACCAUGCCAGGCCAGACAUUUGAUAUCACUCUUAUUCCCAUUACACCACUCGAGGUCAACCGAUACGGGAGGAAUGUACUAGUUAAAGACGAGUACGAGGCUUUCUUGGUCGAGAAAGGUCCUUUGGAUUGUUCAGAGGAGCUUGCUCCGGUCGCAGGAUGGGAGCCGCUCACACAACCAGAAGGGGCUAUGAUCUUCUAUCAGCCAUAUAAAGUACAUCUAACCCCUGCUAUGAAUCCUCACAUUAGAGUCAAAAUUGACAAAGCUGUUGAGAAGGUGUAUCAUGAAGCGCGCAAUGCAAGCAUCCCCUUGGAUCCAUUUGUCGGGCUAGGGUUAGAGCUCAUUGUCAAGGAUGGCAAAGAAAUGUGGGGGUACUACUUUGUUGACCAUGCAAAAUGGGUAGAGCGAAAAAGUCAUAUCAAGUAUGCACUAGAAUCACAAUACUGGAGACACAUUGAGCUAUUUCCAAACAGACGCUUCCUUCCAGAAGACAUUGUUGUGGAACUCAAAGAACUCGUCAUGUAUACUCAGGCAGACAGUAUUACUUCUCCAACAUCCAUAGUACAUUUUACUCCGGACGAGAUCACAAGUAUUUUCAGCCUCAUCUAUGUUACUUGUAACAUCAUUGAUCUUCUUGCAAGUGAGUUGAUCCCUGUUUGUGGGAUCGUCAUUGAUCAUCUUUUCAGCCAACAAGAACUGCAAGCAUUCCAUGUGGAUCACCGGUAAUUUGUUUCUGGAUCUCAGCUCGAAUCAUGAAACAUCUCUGCGAAACUAAGUUUGUGAAUUUCUGUGGACAACCAGGCGCCCGAUUUGACAUAGAGAAAUCAUUGUAUGGAAAAUCUAAUGCCCCCAAAAACAAGCUUUGGGAGAUGGCAAGAGAGCAAGGCCUUCCACAAAGUAUGGGUCAAUGGAAGGAUCGUUCAUGUGCAGUGGGAGCAGUACAUUGACAAGCUGAAUAGCGACUGGAAUGGAUAUGCAAUAUU